UGUGGUGAUGGAAAUUAAACAACAGCAAUAAUAUUAACGCACUAAUGCAAGACCAGUUGUCUUGACAAACAUUAUCAAAUAACUUCAAUGGCCCCAUAUUCUGGAAUCUCCAGGUUAUGCAAGGAUGCAUUUCCCGCUCGGGCCUUUUCUAAAAAUCUUCAAACCUGUAUGAGUCAUGGUUCACUGUCAGGCAAAAGAAAGCCAUGCACGGCAUUCCCGAGGGGACAUUCCUUCACCUGUCCCAUGCCAUGGGGCUUUUCGUUGUGCAGGCUAAGGACAGGUGCGCUUUGAAUAACUUUGCCAAGGUGGCAAUUGUGCUGCUCAUUCACUAUGGAUCCUUCGAAUGGAACUUUAAGUAACGACCAGAUCACUGGUCUCUCGACUGUGUACCUAGUAUCUCUGUCUUUAAGCUUGAUUGGGAGUUUUUCAGUGCUGGUGGUUUCCAUCGCAAGGAGGAGGCACUUACAAGAACAGGUGAAUCCCCUGGUCCAGCUGGCUGUAGCUGAUCUGUUGGCAGCAGCCACCUUGAUGUUCACCAAUGCAAUGAAUGAGACCGACAGCUUCACAGACAGUGUGUUAAUAUGUAAACACCUACUGCCUCUGUCACUGACAUUUUACUGUGUGUCGUUUCUGCUGGUGAUAGUGUAUGCCUGGGAGUCAAAGCAAGCUGUCGAGAGAUGGAGGGAGAGACCAAGAGAGGAAGAGUCCCAGUGUAGACGAAGGGUGGUGGUUUUGCCUGUAAAUAUACUUGUGUGGUUUACGCCGUUGGUGAUGUACUUUGCGUACACAAUGUCUUUAGUCCUGACCACAGCGGACUUGGUACCAGCCGGACACGGGACAGCAAACAACAGUGAAGUUAGCACAUACUGCACCAGCUGUAUCCUCUUCUUGCAUGUCUGGAGUGACCACUGCUCAGAUAUUGAACAGAUCCAUGACAUGUUCAUGCGAUGCUUCCUCUUCUUUAGUGUGAUACUAGUGUUGGUGUGCUGCACAGUGGUUUACUACAAGGUGGACAGCUUGUAUCGCAGGUACGAGGAGGGACUAUUUCCUGUGGAGGGAGAUGCACGUUCAAGGAAAAGACUGAGGGGUGUGUUCUCCACUGUUCGCUACAUGAUUGUGGUUAUCAUCUUCUGCUGGACGCCAGCUCUUUUUCUGGUUGUCCUGUCUGUGAUGCCAGACAUACCUAAAGAGAAGCUCUUCCCCCUCUAUGUUAUACAGGCGGUGACGGUGUCGCUGCAGGGCAGUCUGAACAGUGUAGUCUACGCCUGGAGACGACCAAACUUCAGAGACGCUGUGCUUGGAGAGAGGAGGCCCCUGCUCAGCCAAGACGCCCCCCUGUCCUUCUUCGAUGAAUCACUGAGGGGGCCGCCAGAGUGACAGAAGAGGAAGCGAGACAUUCCACUCGCUAGUUUUUUCUGGUUCAUAUACAGUCAAUAACCUAAACAGACCAAACCCAGCUACUAAUGCAAUGGUGCUAUAGGAGAGCCACCCCCUUAAGCAGAAAUGAACUGACCAUUUUUGGUCAAUGGUAAACGGCCUGAGUGGGACAUCUCAUCUAUCCACCAUUUUUGGGGGCGCCCUUGAAGCCUGACCUCUAGCCCUUAACCCCGACUCGAGAGAGAUGCUGCUGGUGGAAUUCUCCCUCUGGCCCAGAUCUAGAAAGAGUUUUCCCUGCUCAAGUACUAACCUUCACCAGUGAGGAAAGCGAUUCAACACUGGCCUUAGAUCCGUUUCUAGGGAUAACUUCAUUCCUCUGGAGCCAAGACAAUGGAGUUUACGAUGUACUUAUUUUACUGUUAUUUAUUCUGAAAAGAAUCUUCAAUGCUUUCAUAUUCCUUUUUUAGUACGGUGUUCUUUCUGUAAGAAGGAUUGAUAAGGUGAUUAUUAUGAUGAGUUGUAGAGCCAGGUGGGCCGGAGAAUAAUAGAAGUCAACAGGAUAUGACACUGAUUCUCAUUUGAUUAAUUCAUUGAUUAAUACGGUUUACAAAGCACUUCCUUAAGGGUUGGGGGAUGGGCCCCUUUCCCAAUUUCCAAUAGAUAGCUAGAGUUACUACGGCAGGAAUUGUCUACAACAUAGAAAACAAUGUAACUAGCAAGCAUAGCAAGUUAUCAUUGGUACACAUUCACAGGCUUUUGUAUCAGGUUGUAAGUCACUCUGGAUAAGAACGUCUAAUAAAUGACAAACAUGUCAAUGUAAAUAUAGUAUCACCCUGAACAAACUGAAGAAAGACCAGGGGUAUCAUUUGACAUCAAUGAUCCCUUGAUUUUGGGGGGAAUUUAGCACAUUUCAGGUCUGCUGAGCGCAAACUUGAAUGUCGUGAAAAUUCUGUGCAUCUUCCAGCAUGCAUUUACUGUGAACACUGAGGCUGUACUCGCUUUAAGUUACUGUUUUAACAGUGGCCAAGUAGGCUACUGUUGCUAUUUGAUCAUAAUAUAGGCCUACCAGAGUGGCCCUACCAU